UGAAAUAAAUGAAACCCUUUCCUCAAAAAACUCACAUAAAAAAUAAGAAGCCUUUCAUUUAUUUUAGAAUGGUAGAAGUAUAAAGUUUUCCGACUACCAAGUAUUCAUCAAAAUAAGAUUGAAUAGAAAACCCCGUCAAAAAAAAAAAAAAAGAUUGAAUAGGAACCAACUAUAAUUUAAUUUGUUGAUAGAUCUAUUAAUCACAAACUAAAAUCAUAUACCACGGGCUUACCGUUAGUUUGCAACAACAUGAGGAAAAUAAUAGUGAAAAUGAUAAACCAUACCUACAAAACGCCAGAAGUUUCGUUAACCAUAUAAAUCAAUCCCCCCGCGACAAGCUCCAAAUAGCCAUAUACCCAUAUCCACACUCUUUUUUCUCUCCAUUUGAAAUUUCCUUUAAAAACCGAAACAAAAACAAAAAGCACAUUUGAGGAAUAGUGGUGUCCUCGUGUGUACCAUCAUCUACUUAUUAAAUUCUCAGUCCUCUGACUCUCCUUCCUCCUUGGCGUAAUAGUGGAAGAACAAGUUGUUCAUCCGUGAACUUUAAGAAAGUGGAGGAGGGGAGAUAAGAGGACAAUAACCAAAAAAAGAAACAUCAUAAAUCAUAUCCCUUCAUUUCAUUUCCCCUGUUUUUCUUUUGUUUCGUAUUUCUGGAAUAUUACAUCCUAGUUGCCAUAUAUGACGCCUAAGCAACUAGGCCGGAUAAUAUCCGGGAAGACAAUGUCGAGGAUUAGAGAGGAAGGAGGAUCAACAUCGUCAUCGUCAUCUAAUCGAAUCGAGGAUUUCGUGGUGGAGAAGCCGAGAGAACGGCUGACAUCGUCGAGGGGAAGUCGGCUCGACUUAUUGGUGAACGAAUUAAACGACGAAUCCACUCGGAGACAGUUUAGCAGAGAAGGGUUCUUCCUUGGUGUUAAAGAUCUUUAUCAUGGCCUUGUCAUUCAUCCGGAGGACAACAGGUGGUAUAAGGCAUGGGAUAAGUUCAUACUUCUAUGGGCAAUUUACUCUUCAUUCUUUACACCUAUGGAGUUUGGAUUCUUCCGCGGACUUCCUGAGAAUCUCUUCGUCUUGGACAUUGUUGGACAAGUCGCAUUCCUUCUCGACAUUGUGCUACAAUUCUUUGUUGGUUAUAGAGAUAAACAAACUUAUCGUAUGGUCUAUCAACGUCCUGCUAUUGCCUUCAGGUAUUUGAAAUCAACAUUUGUUAUCGAUUUGCUUGCUUGUAUGCCAUGGGAUCUUAUUUAUAAGGCAUCUCAUCAUAAAGAAGCAGUGAGAUAUUUGCUAUGGAUUAGGUUGUGUCGGGUACGCAAGGUACAUUACUUCCUCCAGAAAAUGGAGAAGGAUAUAAGGAUCAACUACCUUUUUACCAGGAUUGUGAAACUUCUUACUGUUGAACUCUACUGCACACAUACAGCAGCUUGCAUCUUUUAUUAUCUAGCCACUACACUUCCCGAACGUGAAGAAGGUUACACAUGGAUUGGUAGUUUAACAUUGGGAGACUAUAGUUAUUCUCACUUUAGGGAAAUUGAUAUUUGGAGAAGAUAUACAGUAUCUCUAUAUUUUGCCAUAGUCACCAUGGCUACUGUAGGUUAUGGAGACAUACAUGCUGUCAACAUGAGGGAGAUGAUAUUCAUUAUGAUCUAUGUCUCAUUUGAUAUGGUUUUGGGUGCUUAUUUGAUCGGUAAUAUGACAGCAUUGAUAGUUAAAGGUUCUAAGACAGAAAGAUUCAGGGAUAAAAUGACAGAAGUAAUGAAGUAUAUGAACAGAAACAGGCUGAGCCGGGAACUUCGCAGUCAAAUCAAAGGUCAUUUGCGUUUACAAUAUGAAAGUAGUUAUACUGAGGCAUCUAUUCUGAAAGACAUUCCAAUAUCUCUUCGUGCUAAGAUUUCCCAAACAUUAUACACGCCAUACAUAGGAAGAGGUCCUCUUUUUAAAGGAUGUUCUUCCGAGUUCAUCAAUCAAAUUGUAACUAGAGUCCAUGAAGAAUUUUUCCUUCCAGGUGAAGUGAUUUUGGAGCAGGGAAAUGUCGUGGAUCAACUGUAUUUUGUCUGUCAUGGAUUGCUGGAGGAGGUAGGCAUUGGGCAAGAUGGGUCAGAAGAGACAGUUUCACGUCUUGAACCUGGUAGUACUUUUGGACAAAUUUCCAUUUUUUGCAACAUCCCUCAACCGACUACUGUCCGAGUUCUUGAACUAUGUCGGCUUCUGCGAAUCGACAAAGAGUCACUAAGUAAUAUCAUUGACAUAUACUUUUAUGACGGGAAAAAGAUUUUUGACAAUCUUCUUGAGGGCAAUGAUGGAAAAUACAACCUGAAACAAGUUGAAUCUGAUAUUGCAUCUCACAUUGGAAAGCAAGAAUCAGAACUUGCUCUAAAAGUGAAUAAUGCUGCAUACCACGGUGACCUUUAUCAGAUAAAGAAUUUGCUCAACGCAGGAGCUGAUAUGAAUAAGACAGAUUAUAAUGGAAGAUCUCCCCUGCAUAUUGCCGCAGCAAGAGGAUGUGAAGAAAUUAUUCUGCUACUUGUUAAAGAAGGAGUCCGUAUCAACGAGAAAGAUAAUUUUGGUAAUACGCCGUUGUUGGAAGCAGUAAAAAAUGGAAAUGACAAGGCUGCCGCCUUAUUAUAUAGAGAAGGAGCAAGACUUGAUGUCAAGGAUGUCGGUUCAUUUCUUUGUACAGCCGUUCUUGGUGGAGAUGUUGAUUAUUUGAGAAGGAUCUUAGCUAAUGGAAUUGAUCCUAACUCCAAAGAUUAUGAUUAUAGAACUCCACUGCAUGUUGCUUGCUCUCAAGGGCUAUAUUUGAUGGCAAAAGUCUUAGUAGAGGCUGGAGCUUAUGUUACGUUGAAAGAUAGAUGGGGCAACACAGCAUUGGAUGAAGCAUGGAUGUGUGGAAAUAAGAAUUUGAUUAAAUUGCUGGAAACUGCAAAAUCUGCUCAACUAUCGCAAUCCUCGGGUAAUAUCGAAGAACUAUCAGACAAAAAGCUUCAAAAGAAAUGUACAGUUUUCCCAUUCAACCCGUGGGGGAGUAAAGAGAAUAGAAGACCAGGGAUUGUGUUAUGGGUUCCACGUACAAUAGAUGACUUGGCUAAGUUGGCUUCGGAAAAGUUAAACUUCCCAAGUGGUUCUUGUAUCUUAUCAGAUGAUGGAGGCAAAAUUCUUGAUAUAGAUAUGAUUGAAAACGGGCAGAAGCUGUAUCUUAUAAGUGAAACAGAAUAGAACAUGUUCAACUCCUCUCAUUAACAUUCAUGUAUAAUCAUCAGUUAUUAUCGUCAACACUUUUGUAAAAAAUCCACAUGGAAAAAGCAUGUUGAAGCUCUUUUUGUUCGAGCUUUACAAUGUCUUUUUCUUGAAUAGAAGGUUUACGGAGAUGGGUGCCUCAUAAGUUGAUGAUUCGAGCAAGAUUUCAUAAUUGUGCUUUUGAUAAAGGAUUUGAGUGAACAAUGUAAAUAGAACUAUAUUGUUUAGAUGUUAUGCAUAGUAUUCUGUACU